UUUUACAAAACAGCAGCGAUGGCAGCAAACAUCCAGGACAGAAAAGCCGUCGAGCCCCUUUCAGUCGCCGAACCUGUGGAGCCCUUUGCCAACGGACGCCUUGAUGGCCGUGCUCUGGACCAGGUCCGGCCAAUUUUCAUGAAGACCGGGUCUCUUGACAGCCAGACAUCGACGCAGGCAUCGCCUUCUGGCUCGGCAUACUAUGAGCAGGGCAAAAUUCGCAUCAGCUGCGCUGUGUAUGGCCCGCGCCAGGGCCGCAAGAGCAACGCAAAGAUGGGUAUUUUCAGCUGCGACUUCAAAUACACACCGUUCUCGUGCAGUUGGCGGAAAUCGCACAUCAAAAGCUCUGACGAGAAGGAGAUUGCGCUGAUUCUGGAGCAGGCCGUCGCGCCUGCCAUCCGCCUGGAGCUGUACCCGAAGGCAUGUGUCGACGCGUUCAUCACUGUCAUCGAGAGCGACGGCAAGGCAGCAACGAUUGCGGCGGCUAUCAACUGCAUCUCGGCGGCUCUGGUUGAUGCUGGAAUCGAGCUUGGAUCUUCCGACUGCACCCAGAUCGAAGAGGACACGCCGGACGAAGUCGCGUAUAUCCUGCAGCACGGGAAGACAAAACUCGAGCAGACCGAGGAGGGUUUCCAGGCAUGCGUCAACGCGUGCACCAAGGUAUACGCUGUUAUCUGCCGCUACCUCCAGGGCUCCGUGUAGGGUGUGGGGCAGGUGUCGUUGCAAAAUAAACCUGUUUUUACAUAUUUGAUUGAGAA